AUGGCCCGGCCGCAGUUCAGCGCCUGGCUGAUCCUGUGUGUGUUCGCUGGAUCCCAGAGGCUGACAGAUGAACAUCUUCACAGCAGGGACGGUGGCAGCGCCAACACAGUCCAUCGCAGCCCGGAGGAUGCUGACAUCAUGUUAGAGAUGCUCUGGGGAGGGCUGGAUGUUCAGGCCAACGGGACAGUCCGGCUGCAGGAUGAAGAGCUGGCCUCCCUGCGCCCGGCACGGCGGUUCAUGCAGAUUUUGGAGGAUGAAGUUCCCAAAACACCGAUAGAGAUUGAGCAGCAUCUGAGAUACUAUUCACUGACCGAUACCCCCUUGCCUCUAACAGAGUUUGACCGUCUCCUUUUCACCAGUGUUUACUGUGCCUAUCAGGUUCGCUCUGUGCAGGGUCUGGAUAAAAAUCUUUGGAUUAGCUUCUUCUCUCAGCUGGUCGAUGAAAUCUUUCGUGACCUGUGCAAGGGGCUGUGCCCUGCAGACAGCACCCUCCUCCUGGCCUCCUGGCCCUGGAAGGAGAAGCCUUCUCAUUUAGCAUCUCUGAAACGUUUCUAUCGUUCUAACUUGCCCAGGACCAAGAGGGACACUGAAUAA